AUGCAGACUCGUGCGCUCUCCGGGAGGCCCUCGGCCGCCCGCGCCUCCUGCCGCCCGUUCUCCGCCUCCCGCAAUGGCCCGGCCCCGCGUGCCGGCGUGCUCGCGGCAGCGGGGCCCUCUGCCGCGCCACUGCCAGAGGCGCUGCUGUUUGACUGCGACGGGGUCAUCGUUGAUACAGAGAAGGACGGCCACAGGGUGUCCUUCAACGAGGCCUUCAAGCGCAAGGGCCUUGACCAUGAUUGGGGUGUUGAGCUGUACGGGGAGCUGCUGGAGAUCGGCGGCGGCAAGGAGCGCAUGACAAAGUACUUCAAGGACGUCGCCGACCGCGAGCCCUUCCGCACCACGACAGACCCCGCUGCCCAGCAGGAGCUGGUGAAGGGCCUCCACCUGCUGAAGACCGACCUGUUCAUGGACCUCGUGGAGGCGGGCAGCAUGCCGCUGCGGCCGGGGGUGGCGCGGCUGGUCAAGGAGGCGGUCGCGGCCGGCGUCCCCGUGGCGGUGUGCUCCACCAGCAAUGAGCGGGCCGUGAGCACCAUCGUGCGCGUGAUGCUCGGGGAGGACGUGGCCAAGGUGAUGCGUGUGUUUGCGGGGGACGUGGUGCCCAAGAAGAAGCCUGAUCCGGCCAUCUACCUGCUGGCGGCGAAGGAGCUGGGGGUGUCCCCCGCCAGGUGUGUUGUGGUCGAGGAUAGCCGCAUCGGCCUCAGGGCCGCCAAGUCGGCUGGCAUGACCUGCAUCGUCACAAAGUCCUCCUACACGCAGAACGAGGACUUCACCGGCGCCGACGCGGUGUUUGACUCGCUGGACGCCGGGGAGGUGACGCUGGCCAAGCUGUCGGAGCUGGCUGCGGCCGCGACGGCCGCCAACGCGGCUGCGUGA